GGGUUCAAUAUGAAAAAAAAAAAAAAACCAGCCGUGGAGAAUGGAAUUUUGGCAGGUCGACAACAAAAGCGCAGGGAGGUUUUUGCAGGCUUUUUGCAGCCAUCUCCGCGAGAUCUGUUUUUUUCUGAAGGGUGCGUGCGAGGGAAGGUUUCUGCUUGCUGGUGCAAGGGAGCGAGGGGGCAAAACAUCUUAUCGCGAAGAUGCCUCGUUCUUCGAAGGGAAGAUUAAGUGGAAUGAUGAGGCGGCCUGCACCUCCCCCAGCUCCUCGUCCAGUGGCACAGGCUCCCCCGCCUGCUGUCCCCCAAAGGGAUGAAGGAGGCUCGCUUCUCGGCGGCAUUGGCUCAACAAUUGCCCAAGGAAUGGCGUUUGGAACUGGGAGUGUUGUGGCGGACAGAGCAGUUGAUGCUGUGAUCGGUCCAAGAGGCGGUGGUGCGGCACCUGCGGCUGCUGCUCCGGAGCCUCUUGCAGCUUCAUCCCCUUUCGGGGGUCAGACAGUUGAUGCUUGUGCUAAUCAGGCGAAGGCAUUUCAAGAUUGUCUGGAGCAUAAUAAUUAUGACAUUGGGAAAUGCCAGUUCUAUAUUGAUAUGCUCACUUCCUGCAGACGCAAUGAGACCAUGUUGCAGGCCGCAGUCGUCAAGCAGCAGCAGCAGCAGCAGCAGCAGGAGGAGGAGGAGGAGGAGGACGAGGAGGACGAGGAGGAGGAGGCCGAGGGGGCUGUGACGGUGGGGAGAGGACGGGAGGAAGGUGAAACUGGCCAGUACUCGCUUCUUGAGUGGAUGCCCAUGAAUUGCAGUCUCGCUGGAUUCGCGUUCCUGUUCUCCUUCGGACUUGGGCUGCAAGUCCUGGGCUGCGCACUAUGGAACAACUGGUGGCCAAUGCUAACAGCUCUCAUGUACAUCAUGGUGCCAAUGCCUUGCAUGUUCUUUGGAGGAGGAUCGUCAUCUGAUUUCUUCAGUGUGAAUUCAUAUGGGAACGAGUGGGAGGAUGCUGCAAAAUUCUUGACAGGAUUCUCAGCAGUUGGAAGCAUUGCAAUUCCUGCCAUCUUGCACCAUGCUUCCAUGAUAACCGUCGGUGCAAUGAUUCUCCAGUGGCUAUCAUUUGCAGUGCUCCUGCUGACCGUCUUGCUCUUCCAGAGAUGGCAGAUGGAAGAAGUAUGGUAGCGAUGCAGGGGAAGGCAUUGCUGCCUCAUGGCUUGUGUGAACUGCAUUCACAUCCGUUCUUGAGACGAGAUGAGGUUGCACUCUGGUGCACAAUGAGUUUAAUAUGACUACGACCAGGGGAUCAACUCAAGACGAGCACUGUUGUGAACGAACUUAUAGUAAAGUUGAGGUGAGUACUGACACAUGGAAAAAGAAAAAUCGCGUUCCACGCUUCACCAAUGGCAGCCGUGCUUCAAGGAACUUAAGGUAAAGCUGAGAUGAGUACUGACAUGUGGAAAAAGAGGGCGAAUUGGUGGUCAACGCCUACACAUUCAGCUCGUGUAGAUGAGUUGGAAUGCCUGACCAUUAACUUGAAGAGGAUGGAUGGAAUGCAACAAGCCAGAAGUGGGGCAUUGUGUAUAAGCACCGAGGUGCCACAGAGCAAAGAGGCCAUAAGGUUGGUUGAUGCUUGGAUGUCAUCAACUGAAAGACCUGAUGGUUGAAUUCCUGCACACACGCUCGCUACAGAGUGAGCGAGAGAGAGAGAGAGAGAGAGAGAGAGAGAGAGAGAGAGAGAGAGAGCAGCUGUGGGUGAUAUAUACAUGCGAUAGCAUGACUAUAUAUAUAUAUAUAUAGCCUCCUGAUGAGUCGGUGAAACUCCGACGAAACAGUUUGUCACAGCCCCUCGUUUGUUGUCCUCUUCUCCCUCUCUGCCUACGGUUUACCGGGCAGUUCUAUUUGACGAUAUAUAUGUGUAUUAUCUUGAUGUCUGUACAUAAUACACUUGACACAUGUAUAAAUUUCAGUUGAACAGAAAGUUGAUGGAAGUAUAGAAUCAUUUGGUAUGUGAUGUCACUCUCGGUAACAUUUUGAGAGGAUUAUAAUGGAUAUCACAGAGAAGCUUACAGAGUUCAUUUCAUUUUGGUUCUAAACCACCUCAUAGCUCACAGGGCAGUUUAGCCCUUUCAGGGGCUAUGGAAGGUCAUUAGGAAUCUUUGCCACGUUUCAACCCCUGUGGCGCACCCUAUCUCUGGGCAUGAUGUCGUUUUUUUUCCGAUUAAUGGUGUUGUUUAAAGCGCCAGUGAGGCAGACCUUAAAUUGUUGAUCCUAAGAGUUUUGUGCCCAAAGGAAUUGAACCGAUCCCGACGAUGCCAGUGUGUAGAAAGCACUGCCUCCUCGUAUACCGGCGGAAGUUUCAGGGGAUGGGGAUGGGUUCGUACUAGUGGUUUACGACUUGAAGCAUUCAGUAUUUGACAGAAUGGAGGGUGGUAAUAUGGAUUCUGUUUUCCUUUUCGUUUUUAAAUGGAUUCUUUAAAUUUCUUUCUCUUCUUUUAUAAUUGUCCUUCUUUGGGACUUGUUGUAUUCGCUCGGCCAAAUGGUGCUUACUUGCCUGGAUCCUUUCGUGUUGUACAUUGUACCGCAUCUUCAGGCAGGGUUUGCCGCAUUGAUGUUUGCGGGGGGGCGAGUAUCUUUCGACGAGGUGCAUCUUACUUACUGUGGUCGAUGAAUGCGGUAAAAGUUUCCGUAAAACUUCACUGUGCUCCAGGAAAACAUGUGGUCAGCUUAGUGUGCACGAAAGACAGGAAGCCGCAAAAUUCGAUAUGGCGGAUAAAGAAGAGGACUAGUAUUAGGCACGUGCGCCUAUGAAAAGAGGGACAGGUUGGUAAACGAUAGGUGGAUGUGAAACGUGUGUGGCAAGCACAGUGAGUCUAGGACCAUAGGGGAGUAAGGUGACCUGGCGAGAGGGAGGUUGAAAUGAAGGAGGUGGUGAUGGUGAAGAGGGUGAGUAUAAGGGGAUGAAAGCCUGAAAAGACAGUGGCAGAGAGCAGUAGUGUUGAUUGCAUGUAUAGGCGUAUACGAGGGGUCAGCAUUCACUCAUAUCGGUCUUGGUGCCUACGUUGCCUGAUGUUCCUCUCUCCCGUUCUCCUACUCUUCUACCACCACCUCCCCCUCCUCCCUGUGAGAUCAAUGGUUUUCUCAAGUGCUUUCCUGUCUGCCUCCAUGUCCCCUUCCUCUGCCAUAUCCGUGAGUCUUAGGCGUCAUAGCCAUUGAAUGGGCAAGGAAUGGAAAAUCGGUAACAGUAGAACGUGCAUAGUGAUAAACCCUAGUGCAAUGGACAGCAGAGCGUUAACGUCAGAGAGAGUGCAAUGGUGUGGACAAUAAAAGAGUGCAAACACCAGUGGAGCGCGGAAGUGUGAGCACAAGUAACUGAUGAAGAAAAGAAUGUUGCUACUUAUGGCUGGAGAGACCUUGACGAGGACGGCAGUAAAAUAUGGUUUGGUAUGGUGUCGGCGACGGGUGCAUUAUGAUCAGAGUGUCCAGGGUCAUAUCAUGGACAGGAGCCGUCGCCGAUGAAUGGGCUGGUCGGUAUGACCCUUAGGACCAGGGAAGCUAGGUAAAAGGAUGAAAGGAUGCAGGGCGUUUUUAGUUUCACGAUCAAGAAGGGGUAAAGAUGGCCGAAGUGGAAGGGGUAAACCACCAGUCCCCCCACCACCCAAAAACCUGCCUCCGGUGAGUUAGGGCCACGUUUUUCGGAAGGGCGGUGACUAUUGGCUACCGGUGGGUCCAGUCCAGCAACUGACUUCGGCGGUUUAUCGUGCUUAAACUAAUAAAAUCAGAAAAAUCUG